AGGAAACCCCACGGGGCUGUUCUGUUCUGUCACGUGGGGUCGCCAGGAGUCAGAACCGACUAGAUGGUGCCCAGUAACAGCAACCCUCACGCUCUGGGCUCUGCCCCACAGUCCUGACACCCCCGGCGCCGUCCGUCCCCGUUCACCAUGGACAACAAGAAGCGCCUGGCCUACGCCAUCGUCCAGUUCCUGCACGACCAGCUCCGGCACGGUGGGCUCUCGUCCGACGCCCAGGAGAGCUUGGAAGUGGCAAUCCAGUGCCUGGAGACCGCAUUUGGAGUGACAGUAGAAGACCGUGACCUGGCGCUGCCUCAGACUCUUCCAGAAAUAUUUGAAGCAGCCGCCACGGGCAAGAGCGCCUGCCUUUCCCUUCGGCACCAGGAGAUGCCACAGGACCGGAGGAGCCCUGAGCGGACCCCACCCUCCGAGGAGGACUUGGCAGAGGCAGAGCGCCUCAAGACAGAAGGAAACGAGCAGAUGAAAGUCGAAAACUUCGAAGCAGCCGUCCACUUCUACGGAAAGGCCAUCGAGCUCAACCCCGCCAACGCCGUCUAUUUCUGUAACAGGGCCGCCGCCUACAGCAAGCUGGGGAACUACGCGGGGGCCGUGCAGGACUGUGAACGUGCCAUCUGCAUAGACCCGUCCUACAGCAAGGCCUACGGCCGCAUGGGCCUGGCGCUCUCCAGCCUGAACAAGCACUCGGAAGCCGUGGCCCACUACAGGAGGGCCCUGGAGCUGGACCCUGACAAUGAGACCUACAAGUCGAACCUCAAGAUCGCAGAGCUGAAGUUGAGGGAGGUGCCCAGCCCGACGGGCAGCGUCGGCACCUUCGACAUCGCUGGCCUGCUGAACAACCCGAGCUUCAUGAGCAUGGCAUCAAACCUAAUGAACAACCCCCAAGUCCAGCAGCUCAUGUCUGGGAUGAUCUCGGGCAGCCCCAACCCCCUGGGCACCCCUGGCACCAGCCCCCCUCAGAACGACCUGGCCAGCCUCAUCCAGGCGGGCCAGCAGUUCGCACAGCAGAUGCAGCAGCAGAAUCCGGAGUUGAUAGAGCAGCUCCGGAGUCAGAUCCGGAGUCGGACCCCCAGUGCCAGCAACGACGACCAGCAGGAGUGA